GAUAGUCUUUGCCAUAGGAGGGGCGACCUCCCAAGCAGGGUUCUUGAGUUUUGGAACUCACAGCCUGUGAAUAACAGGGAUUGCACUGUAAAUGGUUGGGAUCAUAUUGGCCUGCUGGGCUUGGCCAUAAAUCCUGUAAGUGGCAUAAAAUAAUACGGAGGUCUAGACAAUACCUUUAAAAAAAAAAAGUACUUACAAAAAAAAAAAGGCGGCAUUCUCCUUUGCUUUUUCCAUAAUGUCUGAAUCUUCCAGCAACACCAGUUCUGAUUUCUUUAAGGAACACUGAAGAAAUCAAAAAUGCCAUUCGUUUUUUUUUUGGAAGCGGCUGGACUGACGAUUACUGUCAACGCCAUAAGUAAUCAGUUAACAGAUUGCAUUGUACAAGAUUACGAUGGAGCAAAGUCCCCGUUUGUGUAUUUAUUAAAUACACUUUUUCGGCGCACUUUUCGAAAAAAAUUAAGCUCAUUAAGAGAAAAAAAAAGAUUGCUUCAAAGUCCGAAAAAAAAGUAGGUUAAAAUUGCUCCAAUGUUUGAGGACUUGGAGCCAGACAAAUGCUGGAAGUUUGUCAACAGGAACCACUGUAGAAGAGAGGAUGAAGGAGUUUGCAGUUGAAUGCAACUACGAACAUCCCGUACACUCUUUGGUUUUAGAUACAAACGAGAAAGCAUGGACUAACUACUUUACGGAAGAAGAGCUGGCUAAAGUCAAAGCAUUCAAAGUCAAGGAACUCGGCAGUUUACCUGUUUCCUACUAUCCAUCGAAACUCUGGCGGGAAGACACUUUUUUUAAAUUAUCUUUUAAAUAAAAAAACUUGUACA